CCGGUAAGGCGGCAUCUACCGGGAGCAAAGACCAAAACAUUUCUUGGUUUGACCCUAGCUACCUGCAUAAAAUUUGAAUCAUUUUGGCACCCACUCGAGCUGUCAUUGAUGGGAUGUAGCACCCCGCAUUCCGAGAUCGACAAGGCUAAAAGAGGACCCUGGAAAUUAAUCAACCCUUCAUCAGGAUUUGAGAUGAAUCGGAGUUGGCUGUCACCCAAACAACGCCACACGCUGCCACAUCUUCAUUAACCCAGCGGCUACAUGGGACGCCGUUGCCUCCGUAUUUCCCAAAUGGGACUGCGAAUGGCCUUUGUUAAUCGAUGCGGCUAAUAGAUGACAGGGUUUGUGAUUUGAAGAUACUCUAAGUAUCGGAGAAGAAAAACAGCAACGGAAUGGACUGCCUGAUCGCUGCCAUUUGCUAGUGUUGGUUAUGAUAUUCUGCGAGAUACCCUAGAGCAUCUCCUCGGCAAGGCUCCUACACCCGAGUAAAGGGCCCUAAAACCUGUCUAUCGCAGAGCUUCACUAAGUUGGCAUGUGAGGCAGAUUCUCUCUACAUGCAUGGCUUUGAAUAGGCCACACAUGACAUAAACAGCCUUCAUUGGAAAAGACCAUAAUGCUUCAUUACAC